AUGGCUAGAGCAGAGAGGAAGGUGAAGGAGGAAGAGGAGCUGGUAAGAGUGGACGGAGGCAAGUUUAGGGAAGGCUACAGGGUCAUGCUCGAGGGCACAGCCCUUGUCCUAAAGACAGUCCUCGUGGUUGACCUAGUCAACAGUCGCUUCCUCAGACAGAUGGAAGAUGAGGAUUCCAUCCUGCCGCGCAAGCUUCAGGUGGCCCUGGAACACAUUCUGGAACAGAGGAAUGACCUGGCUUGUGACCAGGAGGAAGGGUCCCCGGACUGCAGGCACAGCCCCGAGUCCAACCCCUUGAAUGAGGUGGUGUCUGAAGCAUUUGUCCGCUUCUUCGUGGAGACUGUGGGCCACUACUCCUUGUUCCUGACAUCUAGCGAGCGAGAGGAGAGGACCCUGCAGCGAGAGGCCUUCCGCAAAGCUGUCUCCUCCAAGAGCCUCCGCCGCUUCCUGGAGGUCUUCAUGGAGACCCAGAUGUUUCGGGGCUUCAUCCAGGAACGGGAGCUGCGACAGCAGGAUGCCAAGGGUUAGGGGCAUCUUCCAUAUUGGGCCGAGCCCGCUAGAGAUGCCCAGACUCCAGGCACCGAUGAGCUGGGAGAAAGGUGUCAG